GCUCAAGUGACCCGCAGCAAGAUCGGGGCCCAGUUUCAUGGUCUUCGGAGUGGGCCAUGAGCGUUGAGAGGCCAGCCUCCCUUUGGAGCACCCGCUUGGCGAAUCUGGAAGCCGACUCAUCAGUGGUGACCUACACGGGUGCGAUUGCCGCGUUGCGCCCGAAGCAGUGGCGCAUCGCAAAUCUGAUCUUGGCGAAGAUGGGCCUCAGCAGGGUAGAGGCCAACAUCGUGACGUACAGCAGCUGCGCCAAGUCUACGCCCACUUCCUGGCCCCGUGCUAGGCACCUCUUGUCACAAAGCCGCCAGGUGCAGUUGCAGCCCGACCUUAUCUUUUGGAAUUCAAGCCUCAGCUGCCAUGCCAGGGUUGCGCAGUGGCUUUUGGCCGUGAACCUGUUUUCUGGACUUGCGUCCGAGCAGAGGGACGUGUGCUCCUACAACGCAUUGCUCAGCUCGUAUGAGGUGGCCCAGGAAUGGCAGCGCGCAUCAGAUCUGCUGAGUGAGGUUGGUUGUGACCGAGUUCAAGCAGACGUGAUCUCUUUCAAUACCACCAUGAGUGCCUAUGGGAAGUCCAUGUGUUGGGAGGAAGCCUUACAGCUGCUGUCUGCCUCGGACGCCCCCAAUGUGAUCUCGUACAGCUCUGCGCUGACUGCCUGCGAGCGCAGCGCCGGAUGGCAGCAGGCGCUGGCGUUGUUGUCUGACACCCGAGACAGGGACACGAUCGUUUACUCCGCAGCGAUCAGCGCGUGCGAGAAGGCGGAUCAAUGGCAGUCGGCCUUGCGCUUGCUUUUUGAGUUGGAGAAGAGCGGCAAGAAGAGCGACCUCAUUGCCUACAGCGCAGCCAUCAGCGCCUGUGAGAAGGGCCGCCAGUGGCGCCAGGCCCUGCAGCUUUUUCGCCAGCUGCGGUCCAAGGGCUGGCGCGUGGACUUGAUAACCUACCACGCAGUCCUCAGCGCCUGUGAGAACGCCGGCAAGUGGCAAGAGGCCUUGGACCUUCUGCGCGCGGCCAAUCACGAACUGCAGAUCUCAACCAUGACGUACAACGUCGCCAUUAGCGCCUGCGAGAAGGCGUGUCAAUGGCAUGUGGCCCUGGCGCUCUUCGCAGAUCUCUCGAGAACGCCUUUGCUCGCGCCGGACGAGUUCACCUUCUCCGCGCUGCUGAUGGCCUGCGCGGCUGUUGGAAAGGCGCGCCUAGCCUUAGCCCUGGUCGCGGAGCUCUGUGACCGCAGCGACGCCGUCACCUACGAGGCGUCGCUCCGUGUCGCUGCGCACCACGACCCCCACCAGGCCGUGGCGCUGUUGGCCAAGCUCAAAGCGGACUUUGUGCGUCGUACGUUUGGAAAGCCGUGAGCCAAGUCGCAAGCUAGGCUGACGGGUUACACCAGAGUGUUCCCAUGGUCACUCUAAUCCAGUUCCAAAGGUUUCCCCCAU